UUGGAAGAGAAAAUGGCCGACUAGGGACGAUAAUAAGUUGCUUUUAUUCAACUCUCUCCUGCUGCAAUACAUCAUCUCUCUCUACUGUGUAGACAGAUAUUUCAACAACUUACAGUACGGCAUCGUUAGCUCUCUUUUAAUUCCCUUCCAGCACUUAUUCAGCUCAACCACACAUUCUCUUCCUCUGUCUCUCUAUCCGCGCGUCUCGCUAAGGUCCUCUGGUUCCUGCCCCUACCAACAUGGCUACAAUGGAUGAUCCCCCUAUACCACCAAUAAGGAACGUCUCUACGAGGGACAAGGAGCCUGCCAAGAAUGGAAGCAGGCCAGUCGACAAGAAAGCUGGUUUCUUCAAAAAGGACAAGAAAUCAGCUGGUGACUCAAAGAAACUCGAGAUAUCAUCUCCUACAGGAUUCGAACACACCGUUCAUGUUGGAUUUGAUCCUGUUUCGGGAGAAUUUACGGGUAUGCCCGAAGCAUGGGCUAAGCUAUUAGAUAGUUCUGGUAUCAGUCAGGCAGAGAAAGCAAAGAACCCCGAUGCUGUAGUGAAAGCUUUAGAAUUUAUGACAAAACGGUCAAGUCACAGUGACAACGAUCCAAAGUUUCUUACAGCUCAGAGAUACGGUCCAACCCCUUCCAGACCUCACUUGUCUCAGGAUACCUUUACCCCUCUACAACCUAUUCGUCCAGCUCCUCAGCCUCCUGGUUCCGAGACUGCUCCUGCUAUCCCACCUCGUCCUGCCAUCACAAAGAACAAAGAUCUACCUCCCACUCCUCCACCUAAAUCAGCAUUAAAACCACCUGCACAUGCAGGUGCUCAACAAGGCGGCGCUCAGAAGAGAGACAAGAAGCCAAAGAUGUCUGAUGCUGAAGUUUUGGCACAUUUAAGACAGAUUGUAAGUAUUGGUGAUCCUACAAAACGCUACACAAAAAUGGAGAAAAUUGGCCAAGGAGCUUCAGGUGUAGUAUAUACAGCUAGUGAGAUUGCUACUGGAAAUGAAGUAGCCAUCAAGCAAAUGAACCUUCAGCAACAACCCAAAAAGGAACUUAUUAUUAAUGAGAUUAUUGUCAUGAAAGAAAUCAAACAACCAAACAUAGUCAAUUUCUUGGACAGCUAUCUUGUUGGUGAAUCAGAGCUAUGGGUUGUAAUGGAGUAUCUUGCUGGUGGCUCAUUGACUGAUGUUGUUACAGAGACCUGUAUGAAUGAGGGACAAAUAGCAGCUGUUUGUAGAGAGUGCUUACAAGCUCUUAAGUUCCUUCACGAUAACCACGUCAUUCAUCGUGACAUAAAGAGUGACAAUAUACUACUAGGAAUGGACGGACAAGUUAAACUAACUGAUUUUGGUUUCUGUGCACAAAUCACUCCUGAGCAGAGCAAGAGAUCAACAAUGGUUGGCACACCCUACUGGAUGGCCCCUGAGGUUGUAACUAGGAAACAAUACGGACCAAAGGUUGACAUAUGGUCGCUGGGAAUAAUGGCCAUUGAAAUGGUUGAGGGUGAACCUCCUUAUCUAAAUGAGAACCCACUGAGAGCCUUAUAUUUAAUAGCCACCAAUGGAACUCCAGAGUUGCAGAAUCCAGAGAAUCUCUCUAGAGUCUUCCGUGAUUUCCUUGAUCGCUGUUUGGAAAUGGAAGUGGACAAGAGGGGAUCAGCUAGCGAACUAUUGACGCAUGUAUUUUUAAAGAAAGCUGCUCCACUUUCAAGCCUUACACCACUUAUCAUAGCUGCUAAGGAGAUGGCAGGAAAGCGUUAGACGGAACAUGCAGAUAUAUCUUCUCUUCUCUCCCUCCCUCCCUCUCUCUCUCCCUCAAGAAUUUUCAUCUUUUUGUUCUCGUCUGACUUUAUGAGUUUUUUUAUUGCAAGAAAACCAGUUUUUCCUUUUAGAGUGUUUUCUUUUUUCGUAAUAAUUUAUUGUUCGAAAUAAGCGUUAUUAUUUUAAUAAGUAACUUAUAUGCACAUUGUAGUUAUUGUUAUUAUUAUUGUUGUUUUGUUGUUAUUAGGAUGAUGUAAACGUUAAGUUAAUAUUUUUGUUGUUUUUUGCUGCAUCAGCACUUGAUUUUCAAUUGUAUCAUAAUUUUUUUGUUUUAUGUAUCAAUCACCUUAUUAUUAUUAUUAUUAUUAUUAUUACUAGUUUUUGUUUGUUAAUAAUUAUAAUUGUUGUAUGUGAUGAUUUUGAGUGACAACCUAGCAA